AUGCCUUGUCCAGGCCGCACGUAUCCGCUGCGCAAACCCAAGAACCACCGUCUCCCUAUUCCGCGAUGGCACUUGGCGCUCGCUCCGGGGGUCACACACGUCUUCACCGCGUACAUUGGCGUCCAGCGCCACGCGGCGGACGAGACGUGUCUGCGGGCCGACGCCCAGAUCGCCUCGGCCAUUCGCGCCUGGCUCGAGGCUGACCAUGGACCGGCUGCCUUCGAGGCAUUCACCAUGAUUGACGGCGCCGAAGCGACAGACACGUCCGUCUGGGUGUGCUACUGGCAAGAUGCAGACAUGUACGACGCCGCGCUGACGCAGCUCGCCCUGCCGGCCUUGUUCUCGCGGCUGGGGAAGCGCGAUCGCGAAUCCGUCGGCCUCGCACGACUUCCAGGGACGACGACGCCGGAGCACGAUCGCUCAGCGUACUGGGGCGCCGCGCGGGAUCGCAUCCCGGACUCGGCCCACGAUCUCUUCCCGAAGCCCACGGACCUCGAAAGUCUCCCGCCCGACAGUGCCGUCCAGGGACGCGGCCAGCACCUGGUGGGCACGAACCCUCGGAAUCUCGUCCACAUCCGGUCCGGCCAAUUCUGGGAACCCUGCGGCCAGCAAGAGGCGGACGCGUAUGAGCGGAAGCUCGAGCCGACGCUGCACUCAGGACUGCGCUAUCUCAUGGAGCACCCGCACGAGACGGAGGCCAUGAGCGUCCGCUACCUCCGCAACGAGGGCGAAGCGACGGCGUCCGGCCGACCGCGCAAGGAGUCCUGCGGCGCGGCCUUCUUCAGCAAUCUCGACAGGCUGGAACAGUGGGCCAAGACGCACCCCUCCCAUCUUGCCAUCUAUCGCGGGGCGCUGUCGCAUUACAAGGCGUUUGGCGACCGGAGGCGCUUGCGGACCUGGCAUGAGGUCUCUGUGCUUCACGAGGGGGACGCCCGGUUUGAGUAUAUCAACUGCGCGCCUGCCACGGGGGUCAUGCCGUCGAUCAGGCUUGAGGCGAGGGACUUUUCGUUGUUGACUGUCUGA